AUCAUCUGCCCAUCAGAGUACUUUUAACAUAACGGCGUGCAAAUUCUCCAGCGGAAGCGGCGAAACGCGGAUAGAACUAUAUCGCUGGUACUCUCGAAAAAGCAGCAGAAGCAGCGGCAGCAGUUGAACCUAGGGUCGGCCUUGUCCUCUCCCCUAGUCUCCCCCUUGCUCCAUUAUAAAUUGCGCCUCUCAUUGCCAACAAUACUCGGAGAAAAACAAAACAGCUUCAGAGUCGCCACCAGUCUCAUCCUUGUCCUACCUUGGCUUUCUAUCCUUUACUAUGCACCUCUUCUCGCCCAUCUUCCUCGCCUCUAUCUAUGCCGCAGCCUCCACCGCUGCUGCAUCGCCACUUCUCGGCCAACGGGACUCACCUUCAAACGAGACCAGCACCACGUACAACACUCCUGUUUCGCAGUAUAACUUCAACGAUGCAGGCUACACCUACUGCCAGGCCAACUACCCUAGCUCCAAGUCGUACAGCCCUCUCCCUAAUGCUAGUCUGGAGAUGGUACAGGUUGUUGUUCGUCAUGGUGACCGCACCUCGUAUACUGUCCUGCCUAACGAAAACGAAACAUGGACCUGCGACGGAGUUGAGGAGGAUACGUACCUUCAUGAAACCGACAAGCCUCCAAGAAAUACCACAGGGUCGUUCAAGCAGGUCAUCGAGAUCCCCAAGUGGAAUUCCAAGUAUGGGUUCUCGAACAAGGUGUGGGCAGGCAGCUGCGAUAUUGGCGAGCUAACUGAUAUUGGCAAGUCUCAGCACCGCAAGCUUGGUGGCCAAUUGCGCGAUAUCUACGUCAGGAAAACUCAUUUCUUGCCUCCCACACUGACAGACACUAGCUCAGUGUAUUUCCGUACGACGCAUAUCUGGCGCACCAAGAACUCUGGCGAAAGUUUGCUUGGCUCGUUGUAUCCUGGAAGAAACACGGAUUCGAACGAUGCUAUUCCUAUGCACACAUACCCUGAGAGCAUUGAGACCAUGUACGAAAACACAGCUGCCUGCCCAAAGCUUAAUAGCUAUGUGUCGCAGAUAUACGGCUCUGCUACCUUCCAGCAGUUCCUCAAGGACCAAGGACCACUCAUGUCGCGGAUAUCCGGCAUUCUUGGGGUUAGUGGCUCUGUAUGGACUGCUAGCUGGAGUGGCUAUGUGGAUGCACUGCUUCCGCGCAAGUGCCACGCCAAGCCUCUCCCUUGCCGCAGUGUAAAUGGGACAAAGACCGAUGACUGCAUCACCGAGGAUGAUGUUAAGCAGGCAAUGCGCAAUGGAAGCUUCGAAUGGACAUACAAGUUCCGCGACCAUCCUCUGUCGGGCGAAUACAUGCGUCUUGCCAUCGGCUCUUUCUUGGCAACUCUACGGGACCAGAUUCACGACCAUGUAUCUGGGGCAGCCAAGGCUCCAAAGUUCUCGCUGUAUUCUGCUCACGAUUCCACCGUCGCAACCAUACUCGGUGCACUCAAAGCAUCCAACGCUGAUAUGCUCUGGCCACCGUACGCUUCCAAUAUGCUGUUUGAGCUGUGGAAGAAAAAUGACGGAAACCAUGUUGUCCGUAUCAUCUACAAUGGCCACAUACUCCAGCUACAAGAUGGUUUCAAAUGGUGCGAUCUCAGCAGCUGUCCGCUUGAUAAGUUCAACAAGUACCUGGAAGCACUUAUUCCCACCGAUGUUGCGGCACAGUGUGCAAUCUAGUUUUCUAAGCAACCUUUUAUCUUUUACCUAUAUAUAGGAUUCUAUAGUCUAAAAAAUGUGUUGUGCGCCCGCUGCAGCUGUCCCUGACGUCGACAUGUAAGCCGAACCAGGUGACAGAAAGCCAGGCGCUAACGAGAGCCCCGCUACAGCCUACAAUAUGGGGUAGAGUCUAACCUCUGAUAAGUUGCACAGACGGCCGUAUU